CUUGCUCUUACACCAUUGGCAUUAACCCAUCCAUCUACCACCAACCUCAUAAUCAUUAACCUGCAGUAUUUACACAAAAACAAAACAUUAAUUAAUUUAUUCCAACCACCAAACACUUCCCUAUUCAAUAUUCUUCCCUCCAUCAAAACCCCCCUCCAAAAACUUGAAACACACACAACACGCAUAGCCUGUUUUAAAGGAGGAAAUAUGACAGAGAUACUACGUUCCCCACCUCAACAACUGCCCUCAACCUCCAUAUCUAACGUUGUUGAGCUGUCACAAGCCGGCCAUGAGUCGGCUGAAUUUUUCAGUUGUGGGAGUGGAGAGAUAGGAGAGGAAGGGGACGAUGAUCAACUGCCUGUUUUGGCUGCUUUCUUGACUGUUUUUAGGAAAUCUUUGGUGGGUUGCAGAGUCAGAAGCGGAGUUCAAGAACAGGCCGCAAUGGAGAUUGGUGGCCCUACUAAUGUUAGGCAUGUUGCUCAUGUUACCUUUGAUAGGUUCAAUGGCUUUCUCGGCCUCCCCGUUGAGUUUGAACCCGAAGUUCCAAGGCGGCCUCCUAGCGCCAGUACGAGGGUGUUUGGAGUUUCAACAGAGUCGAUGCAGCUUUCUUUCGAUGGCAGAGGCAACUGUGUGCCUACCAUUCUGCUCAUGAUGCAGCGGCGGUUGUACUCUCAGAGAGGCCUUGAGUCUGAAGGCAUCUUUCGAAUCAAUCCAGAAAACGGACAGGAGGAGUAUGUUAGGGAGCAGCUGAACAAUGGAUUGAUCCCGGAUGACAUUGAUGUCCACUGUUUAGCAGGUCUCAUUAAGGCGUGGUUCAGGGAGCUCCCGAAAGGGGUGUUGGAUUGUGUGGAGGCAGAGCAGGUGAUGCAGGCGCAGUCGGAGGAAGAGUGCUGCCAUAUUGUGAGCCUCCUUCCGCCCACGGAAGCAGCACUGCUGGACUGGGCCAUCAAUCUGAUGGCCGAUGUUGCUCAGAUGGAACAUCUCAACAAGAUGAAUGCACGCAACGUUGCUAUGGUCUUUGCUCCAAACAUGACUCAGAUGUCUGAUCCUCUGACAGCGCUAAUGUACGCCGUCCAAGUGAUGAACUUCCUCAAGACUCUGAUUGAGAAGACACUGAGACAGAGAGAGGAAUGUGGUCCGGUGAUGCAGCCAGAGCCGGAGCCCUCGGAUGAUGAUCCUAAGAAUAAAGCCGAAUGUGAGAUAUGCGAAGAAGAGGAGGAGGAAGAUGACAAACAUGUGGGAUCAGACAAGUUAGCAGAUGGAAAAGGCCAUUUGGGUGAUAUGUUAAGCAGCAACAUGAGGCACAUUCUUGAAGGUGGAAGGAAUGAAUGGAAGAUUCGGAGGUCGAAAUCGAGAAGUUGGAACGAAGUGAGGAAAGGAUUGAAGAAAAACAGCUCGCAGUCAGAGGGUGAGAGAGACAAGGAAGUGAAGAUGAUUAGGCGUGCCAAUUCAUGCACGCAGGCACGCCCAUGAAUCACUGCCUUUUCAUCUCUGUUUCCAGUUUUCAUCUUUAUGUAUGAAUAUAUUAUUGUUGUUUGCCAUUUCAUGCUAGUGAAGUCGGAAUUUGGGUUGUACAUAUUGUUGUUGUUUUCCUCGGAAAACGUUGGAAAUUUGGAAUCUAAUUUAAUACGAGUGUUAUUUUCUUGUUGCAAAAA